UGGAGUGGGCACACCGUGACUGACUGUAUGUCGAAUGUCGAUGGUUUUGCAUCACAAACCGCAUAACAGCAUAUAAUUGUAGAAAUUCUGUAAUUUUAUAUCGAAGCUUAAUUGCUUGAAAAAAUCAGACAUGAGUUCAGGCUUUAUUUCCGAAGCUGAAAUCGCUGAGCAGCGACGGCUUCGACAGGAAGAAUGGGAAAAAGUAAGAGCGGCAGAUCAACCAUUAGAUCUUCCAGAAGAACCGUUGGAUUCGAGAUCAUUAUUUGAACGCUUACAAGAAAGGAAAAAUAAACGUGAUAUAGAAUAUGAAGAAGCUCGCAAAUUUAAAAAUAUGAUAAAGGGUUUGGACGAUGAUGAAGUGCAAUUUUUAGAUUUAGUUGAUAGAACUAAAUUUGAGAAAGAGCGUAGAAAGAAUUUGGAAGAGGAAAAAGAGAUGCAAGAUUUUAAAGCUGCCGUCUCUUCGCUGCAAGAGAAAACUUUAAAGAACAAAAUAACACAGGAAUUACAAGGGCCGCAAAAUAGUGCAAAAAUUUCUUCGCAAAGUUCCCGAAAUCUACAAUGGAAACUAAUAUCUGGAGUCGUUGUAAAGAAAUCAGAAAAAAACAAUAUAGACUCACAGUGCAAUGAUCACCAAGCGGAGAAUAAAACACAGCUAACCGAUGCGGAUGGUUACAAUGUAAACAUGGCGAUAAAAGACCAAUCAGAGAAAGGCGUUAGUAAUGAUAUAAGUUUGCUCGCACCAGCAAAUCAUCUCCUGACAUCUUCAAAAACAGAACUUGCAAACAGUUUAAAUAAAAAUAUGAAUUGUAUUGGAAUCCUACCUGGUUUAGGUUUUUAUGCUAAUUCUAGUGACAGCGAUUGCAGUUCUGAAACUGAUGAGGAACCAGAUUGUAAAAAAAUUAAGUAUGAUAUCUUAGGGCGCAAAAUUGUUCACUCUAAAGAUAGAGACAGAAGUUAAGUUCCAACAAAUAUUUUUAUUGUGUAUUAUAUUGCAUGUCAAAUACGAUUGAAAUUUCAUGAAAUAAAUUAAAGCCCAGAUAUUAUCAUCUCGGAGAGUGAAAUUCGAAAGGUUACGUACUUCAGAGUAGUGUUCCCACUGAAAUUUAUAUGGGAUUUCGAGCUUUACUUAGAAUGACGAAAAGAGAGAGCCCGCCUUUUUCGAUAAUCAUUUUUUACAGUUUUAAGUACUUAAGUUUAAAACUCAUCGAUCAGAAAAUACUUUUGAAAUUUUUUAAAGUAAAACAUCACCAAAAUUAAUUACAAAAUAUUUGAAAUUGACUACUAGGUAAAGCCCAUUUCAUUUUCCCUUCUCCCUACUUUGCAAACAUAUUUCUUUUUAAUUCAUUCAUAGCAAUAAAACAAAUGUGUCUGUUCAGAUUUACGAAAGAUAAGUUUUAUAAAUAUUCCAUUUCCCGUGUCUAAUAAAUUUCGUCAUAGUUGCGCA